AUGGCUUUGCUCUUCUUCUUCUACCUCUACGUUGUUUUUUUACGAGGUAGGGAUGAUCACCAUUCUCGAGUGGUGAUCAAAACUGCUCGAAAGCAAGGACUUUCUGAUGUUCAGCUCAAGAAACUCCCUAAAAUCGUUGGAAAAGAUUUGAGUUUGGACGUUAAUGAUUGUGCAAUUUGCUUGGAUGUCACUGGAAAUGAGGAAUUUGCAAGGUUAGUUCCUGGUUGCAAACAUGGAGAAUGUGUCGAUCUUUGGUUGUCCAAACAGCCAUUUUGUCUUGUUUCUAGGCACAAGCUUGAGCCUGAAUUGUUUAAUCAAGAUGGAAACAAUAUAUGUUAA